CGACAGCUGACUUUUCCACAGCGAACCCAUGCGCUCCCUGGAUAACCCAUCCCAUCAAUGACCCUUGACUUUAUACAGAUUUUAUAACAACAACAACAACAACAACAACAUUACAGCUGCUCAAGACUCAUGGCGUGUUUCUUCAGGAGAACUAUUGCACAGCAGCUUGCAAAGAUGUGUGGUCAGUCUGAAGAUGUUUUUAUACCUCUCAUCUGUGCGGUGCCAGUGUCAAAGAAACGGUGGAUGGGUGAUUUACGGGUGUCUGUGAACUCUCUGGUGCAGAAUGGUGCUGUUCUUCCUCAUGAAGAUCUACAGAGAAACACCGAAACGCUGGCCAAACAGAUAAAACAGAACUCUGUGGUUGAGGACGUCAUCGCUGCUCCAGGAAUGAUUUACUUCAGAUUAAACAAACUGAUGCUGGCACAGAAAGUCCUGAAGCAGCUGCGGUCAGAGCCUGACACGUUUGGACUGAAGAGUGAACUUCUCACACAUCUACACGGCGGCAGAACGCUGGUGGAGUUCAGUUCACCAAACGUUGCUAAGAAGUUUCACGCUGGACAUCUGCGCUCCACGUUCAUCGGAAACUUCAUUGCCAAUCUCAAGAAGGCUGUGGGGAAGGAGGUGAUUCGAGUGAAUUAUUUGGGGGACUGGGGGAUGCAGUUCGGUCUUUUGGGAGCAGGAUUCGAGCGGUUUGGCUGUCAGCAGAAGUUGAGAGUUCAGGCUCUUCAGCAUCUCUUUGAGGUCAGCAGGUGUUUCUGUCACGCUGUCACACGUCUCUUCUCUCUUAACUCUCCGUCGUCCGUUCAGGUGUAUGUUCAGGUGAACCGUGAGGCCGAGCGAGAUGACAGUCUGCGUGUGGCCGCCGCGGACUUCUUCAGACGCCUCGAGCAGAAGGAACAUCAGGCUCUGUCGCUAUGGAAACAGUUGGUGGAGAUCACAGUGGAAGAAUACAAACGCAUUUAUGAGCGUUUAGGAGUUCACUUUGAUCAUUUCUCUGGAGAGUCUUUUUAUCACAGUCAAACUCAGAAUGUUCUGCAAGAUCUGAAGUCCAGAGGCCUGUUAAAGACCACACAGAAGGGUACGGCUGUGGUCGAUCUGUCUGAUGCAGGUGAUUUGUCAUCUUACGCCACGUUAGCGCGCAGCGAUGGGACGUCACUGUACAUCACCAGAGACAUCGCAGCGGCGCUGGACAGACACCAGAGGUUUGGAUUUGAUGAGAUGAUUUAUGUGACAGAUAAGAGUCAGAGCGGACACUUCCAACAACUCUUCCACAUCCUGUCAGUCAUGGGACACCAGUGGGCACACAGGUGUGUUCACGUGGCAUUCGGUCGGGUUCAGGGCAUGAGCACACGGCGGGGUGACGUCAUCUUUCUGGAGGAUGUUCUGGAUGAGGCUCGCAGCCGAAUGCUCAACAACAUGAGAGAGUCCAGGACUUCAAAAGCUCUGGAGGAUCCAGAAGAAACCGCAGAGAGAAUCGGCAUCAGUGCUGUUGUGAUACAGGAUUUUAAAGGGCCUCUGAUGUCAGAUUAUACAUUUGAGUGGGAUAAAGUUCUUCAGGCUCAGGGUGACACAGGAGUUUUUCUGCAGUACACACACGCACGACUCAGCAGUCUGUUGAACAGAUUUGGAGAUGAGAUGAUGUGUGGUGACCUCUCACCUCUGACAGACAACAGAAGUGUUUCAAUCCUCCAGCAUCUGCUCAGAUAUGAUGAGAUUCUUCUUCAGUCGGCGACUGACCUGCAGCCCAGACAUCUGGUGAACUUCCUCAUGACUCUGUGUCAUCUGGUGUCGUCCGCCCAUCGAGAGCUGUCUGUGAAGGGAAGCUCGCUGGAGGUGGCUCAGGCCAGACUUUGUCUGUUCAGCGCCGCCCGUUCGCUCCUGGCCAAUGGAAUGAGGAUUCUGGGAGUCACGCCUGUGGACAAAAUGUGAUUUUUUUCUUUCUUUUCGUUGGCUGAAUCUAAAUAUAAAGAUGAUUGAUGAGCAACAUCAUCGUGUUCUGAAAUGAUUUUACAAACACAUCCAGUUAUUGAAGUCACACGACCAGCAGAUCGUCACCACAUUUACAGUAGACAUCACAUCAUUCUGAUCAUUUUAAAGUCUCGUUAUAUUUGACUUUCAUCUUGUGUAGUUUGUGAGGAUUUUGAUCUGUCCAUCAGUCUAGUUUGAGAAGCUUCUACAAAGUGACCGAUUCAUUUGAAACAAA